AUGAAUUCAAUAUCACGAAUUCAAAAGGAACUUUAAAGCCUUUAAGAUGAACCUCUGAAUGGAUUCUUAAUUAACAUUUUAGAUCAUAAUAAUUUAUUUUAUUGGAAAAUUUAGUUUUCUGGACCUUAAGGGUCACCUUAUGAAGGUGGAAUUUUUAAUCUAGAUAUAUAAUUCCCUGAAGAUUAUCCUUUUAAACCUCCAAAAAUAUUAUUUCUAACUUCUAUAUAUCAUUUAAAUAUUGAUUAUAAUACAGGAUAAAUUUGUCUAGAAAUUUUAAGAUACAAUUGGUCUCCAAAUUUAACUAUUAGAAAUUGUAAGACAUUUUCAUUUAUAUUUUAGUACUUUUAAGUAUUCUAGCAUUACUUUAUGAUCCAAAUCCUAACAGUCCACUACUUGAUGAUGUUAAUACCGUUUUCAAGAAUGAAAAAUUAUUAUAUCUUUAAAAAGCUAAGGAAUGGACUAAAAAGUAUGCCAAAUGA